AUGGCCACGGUUGCAAUGGUGAUGGAAGAGGGGAAGGAGCACGGCAGCGGCUUUGCAUUGGAGGAGAGGGGCGGUGGUUUUGCAUUGGAGGAGAGGGGCGGCGCAUUCGGCGCCGUGGGCAGGAUCCUGUUGCGCCGCCGCUGCCAGGCCGUGGCGGCGGCGGCAGGAUCACUGGACCACAAGAUGCAUGUCAUAGCGAUCCCUGCGUGGUGCAGUCUACACAUUGCUCUUGGUCUUCGAGUUUGGCAUAUGAACAAGAAUGGAGAGCAUGCUGAGAAGUCUACCCGCCCAUCAGAGAUCGACUGGGUCGGAGCUGGCGCCGUCUCUCCGGUUGUGAGGAAACAAGACGGUUGUGCAUCGGUCGAAGCAGCACACUAUCUGCAGACCUUGCAAUCGAUCUCCCUAGCGGUUCAGGAGCUUAUCGACUGCAACACGGAGAACAAUGGUUGCAACGGUGGCUACUAUCAACAUGCCUUCAAGUACAUACGGGAUAAUGGGCUCUCGAGCGAAUCAUCCUACCCAUACAUGGCCAAGAGAAGUGCUUCGGGUUGCAAGAGGGACAAGACGGUAGCAGCAGCAACACGUAUAUUAGGGUUUUGGUGCAUCGACUCGACCGAGGAUGCUCUCGAGGAAGCAGUAGCGAAGCGGCCUGUGGUUGUCCGUCUACAGGGUACGCCUGACCUAUUUAACUACAAAGGAGGCAUCAUAGAGUGCGAAGCUCUACCUGCUGCUAGUGCAACUACAUGGCAUGCUGUCCUGAUUGUCGGUUAUGGUACGGAUCCCGACGGUGUUAAGUAUUGGCGCUUCAAGAACUCGUGGGGAAAGGACUGGGGCGAGGGGGGAUUUGGGAGGAUCCGUAGGCACGUUGCUGACAAGCGAGGUGUCUUGGGUAUUUUUAUGUAUGGAGGAUUAUAUCCAGUGCUUGAUUAA